CUGAGAUCAUUAUCAGUCACGGCAACGGGUCGCAACACACACCGAUCUAGAGCGAGCGAAUAGAACACCCCCUAAUUUCGACCCACCGCCAACCGGGGAGGGGAAACGAUCGAAAACACCAGUCUUCCGCUCAACAACACGUCUACCAUUUUUACGCAUGUAACCACGAUCUCUCCAGUGACGUUACCGUUGGAUGUGGGUUUGGAGGCUACUCGGAUACAAUCUGCUAGUUUAUUUUCACUGCAGUAAAACGGUUUGCUCCGAUCCUCCCCCCGAGUCACGGAUUUGAGAGGGAAGCAGCACUAUGCUGCUGGCCGACUGACCAGCCACUGAUACGGCGAGGGUAUCUCUGCAGUGGACCUGUGAAUGUGCGUAGUUUACCCGCAUGCAAUGUUUAGCCUAUUAGCAUCACGCGCUAUAUUUCACAGAAAACGGAAAUCUUCUAUUUUUGUGAACAUGUUCAUUUGAUUAUUAGAUCGGCUAUAAUUAUUUUUUAGGGGGAGGGGGGGCUGUUUUCAGCGCACUGUUGUGUUGACGCCAUUUUCCUCGGGUUUUUCUAUAAAAAUAUUAUUGCACCAUUUGACAGCUAUCCAGGACGCUGUCAGUGCAUACGGCAGGUUCUGUACAUGUGACUACAUGGAUUUUAAAUUAUCUUGAUAACAUAUUUACACGACAGACUCGUGUGUUCGAAAACAUUGGACAUGGUUUGGCCUUGUUGGAUUACAUGUGUUCCUGUGGGAGAACCAAUCCAGAAGCAGUAGCUAACGUUCCUAAGGCAACCCACUCUGACGGACAGCCACUCUCUGCAAACCUAUUGGCUAGCUGCCGCUGCUCUUUGGAUCUUGACUGGUUCUGGCGGGAGUGUGGAUGGAGUCGAGGGAUCUGGUUAGCUCAGCCCGACCUAAGGAGGCGGAAUUAGGAGGUGGAAGGGCUGAGCCUGAAGAGCAAGAACCGGAAAGGGCGGGUCUGGGGCCUGCGUCGCGGUGUGAUGAGGUCAUUGGUGAUGUGAUGGGUGAGCGCUGGGGGUCCCAUGGAGAAGGGGAAGGGCUAGAGGAGCAGGAGUUCUCCAUUAAAGAAGCCAGCUUCCAGGAGGGGAGUCUGAAGCUGAAGAUCCAAACCACCAAACGCACCAAGAAGCCCCCCAAGAGUCUGGAGAACUACAUCUGUCCUCCGGAGAUCCGGAUGACCAUCAGGCCCCCCUCAGGGGAGGGCAGAGGGGGCCGGCUAGGGGGCCGUGCAGUGCAGGACAAGGGACCCCCUAGGAAGAGGACCUAUGAGAGACCCUUCAGAGCAGCAGAACCUAAAGAGGGAGGGCUACUGCAACUACUUGGGGAUGUCACCCCCCCGAAACACCAGUCCAAGCCCUCUAUCCUACACACCACACCACUGCCCCCACACACACUCACACACCAACCCCAACAGCAACACACACAGCCACCACAACUCACUCACCAACAUACACACAGUCCAGCCUGGGCCACGCCUCCCUCCGCAUCCCCAGCCAAUCCAGUGCAUACUGAGCCCAGCAGAGAACCAGCGGGAGCCAAUAGGAGCCCUCUCUCUGAUCUGGCCCCUUCCUUCCUCAAACCUCCAAUGAAGAGAGUCCCAGAAAGCCCCUCCCCUCGCUCUUUCAGCCCCUCUCCCCAGCGACCCCUGAGCCCUGAUCCCGUGUUGCCCGUAGUAACGGACGCCAGCAUUCUGAACCUAACCUCUCUCUCCAGAGGACGGGGAUUACAGGAGGUCAGUGAGCAGCUGUUUGGAAACAUCAAGAGGAAGUACGGCAGGAAGGACCCCCAGAGGACUCUGGGUAAUACCCACAAUGCUGAAUUGCCAUGGGGGAGGAUGGCAGAGAAAGAUCUGGAGAGUCUGAUAGUUCUGGAUGAAAGACAGAAGUACAGGAGGGAGGAGACCCCUGAGCUGGAGAGAGAAGAGAGGGAGAGCAUAGGGAGGACAAGAAAGGAGGAGGAGAGGGAGAGCAUAGGGAGGACAAGAAAGGAGGAGGAGAGGGAGAGCAUAGGGAGGACAAGAAAGGAGGAGGAGAGGGAGAGCAUAGGGAGGACAAGAAAGGAGGAGGAGAGGGAGAGCAUAGGGAGGACAGGAAAGGAGGAGGAGAGGGAGAGCAUAGGGAGAACAAGAAAGGAGGAGAGGGAGAGCAUAGGGAGGACAAGAAAGGAGGAGGAGAGGGAGAGCAUAGAGAGGACAAGAAAGGAGGAGGAGAGAGAGAGCAUAGGGAGGACAAGAAAGGAGGAGGAGAGGGAGAGCAUAGGGAGGACAAGAAAGGAGGAGGAGAGGGAGAGCAUAGGGAGGACAAGAAAUGAGGAGGAGAGGGAGAGCAUAGGGAGGACAAGAAAGGAGGAGGAGAGGGAGAGCAUAGGGAGGACAAGACAGGAGGAGGAGAGGGAGAGCAUAGGGAGGACAAGAAAGGAGGAGGAGAGGGAGAGCAUAGGGAGGACAAGAAAGGAGGAGGAGAGGGAGAGCAUAGGGAGGACAAGACAGGAGGAGGAGAGGGAGAGCAUAGGGAGGACAAGAAAGGAGGAGGAGAGGGAGAGCAUAGGGAGGACAAGAAAGGAGGAGGAGAGGGAGAGCAUAGGGAGGACAAGAAAGGAGGAGGAGAGAGAGAGCAUAGGGAGGACAAGAAAGGAGGAGGAGAGGGAGAGCAUAGGGAGGACAAGAAAGGAGGAGGAGAGGGAGAGCAUAGGGAGGACAAGAAAAGAGGAGGUGAGAGAGAGCAUAGGGAGGACAAGAAAGGAGGAGGAGAGGGAGGGCAUAGGGAGGACAAGAAAAGAGGAGGAGAGGGAGAUGCCAAUGCUUGGUGCUCCUGAGCUGAUGGAGGAGGGAAUAGGGAGGAAAAGGAGGAGAAGGCGGUGUCUCCAGGAGUCACUCACCCAGAAAGACCAAUCAGAACAGCUGCAGGGCACUGACAUCACAGAGAGGAGCAAAUCAGGCCCUCCAGAGCCCAAAGCGGCCCACAAGAUGGAAGGCAACAAGACGGACUCCCACAGGAGUGAAUCUCGGUCAGGACGGAGUGAGGAGGGUAGCCAGCUUGAGGCAGACGGGGACAGAGGAGAGAGAGGGGAGAAAGAAGAAAGAGCAGAUAAGGGAGAGAGAACAGAGAUAGGAGAGAGAACAGAGAUAGGUGAGAGAGAGGAGAAAGGAGUGAGGGUGAUGAGUGGGGCCAACAUGGAAUCAGCCAUGAUCCAGAGCUGGAUGAGGAAGAACCCAGUUGGCCAUCCUAGAUCAGCCACAGAUCCCCACAAACACCCUGAUCCUAACCCUAGCCCCAGACUGCCUAGCCCUAACCCCAACCAUAUCCCUAGUUCAAGAUCCACUCUCAACCCUAACCCUAGAUCGCCCAAACUAAGCCCCAUAUUUAACCUUAACCCCAACACUAGCCUAAAACCCAGCCCUAACCCCAGCCCCAGCCUCCCCAAGACCAAGGACCGGUGGUCCUACCUGAAGUCCCGAAGCCUCCCCAACCUAGUCCAGAGGGAGAGUGGCCGCAGCCCCCUGUCAACUAUGUGUGAGCCCCCCUCUGCCUUCCCCAUCACCCCCUCCAGCCCCCUGUACACCAACACAGACAGUCUGACUGUCCACACCCCCGCCAAGCGCAAACGAGGUCGUCCCAAAAAACAACCCCUGCUCACUGUGGAAACCAUCCACGAGGGCACCUCCACCUCCCCCCUGAGCCCUCUGGCCCGGGACAGCCCUGCUGGGCUCAGCCGUAGGAGAAAGACCACACUAUCCCAAAUCGCAUCUGGUUCCACUAGCCCCAAUAUUAAUGAGUUGAAACUGAAGCGUGGUGAGGGUGCCCAUGUCAGGCCGGUGAAGAGGUUGAAGCUGGGGAAGGUGCAGAGCAUCCUGAAUGAGAUCCUAUCAUGCUCCAGCCAACAUGGCAGCCUGGCGCUGAAGUCCGCCUCGGCUCCGGUCUCUUCCGCCAUGACGGUCAUGGCCUCUACCAUUGAGGCUCGUCUGGGAAAGCAGAUCAACGUCAGUAAAAGAGGAACCAUCUACAUCGGGAAGAAGAGGGGGAGGAAGCCGCACUCUGACACCCAAACCCUUCCCCCCAGAGGUGGGGGGACCAAGCCCCCUGUGCCUGCCUCCAUGUCCAGCCUGUACAACAGACUCCUAGUGCCUUCCCCCCCCCCUCUCAGCUCCAGUACCCUCCUCCUCAGACCCCACACCCUGUCCUCUCUGUGCCACCCCAGUCCUCACGGCCUCCACUCUGACACCACCAUGCCCAGCCUGCAGCCCAUCAGUGCCCUGCCCUCUAAACCCCCAGGCAGGGGGCUACUGGGGGCCGGCUGGAAGCUCUCUCCCCCGCGCCUCCUGGCCAACUCCCCGUCCCACCUAUCUGAGGGGGCGGCGUCCAUCAAGGAGGUGACGCUGUCACCCAUCAGUGAAUCACACAGCGAGGAGACUAUUCCCAGCGACAGCGGCAUAGGGACAGACAACAACAGCACCUCUGACCAGACAGAGAAGGGGACCAACACACGACGCAGGUACUCCUUUGACCUGUGUGGGUUUGAGGCUGCGGAGUCUGCCGUUCUGCAGGCAUCCAGUCGCGGCAGUAGGGGUCGCUGUGAGCAGGCGGCAGUGGUGGACAACUUCCUGUCCCACCAGGAGAAGAAGCAGAAACACCGCAGGAAGAGGAAGUGCCUGCAGAGCAGAGACCACCUGAACUUCCUGUCUGAGCUAGAAGAGGUGGUGAUAAAACUGCAGCAGCUACAUGUGUCCCACCGACGCUACGCCUCCUGCUACCCCCAGCAACCCUACCCCUCCAUCUUCCGCCUCAACUUCCACCAUCACUACUACCCCCUGACCUAUGACCCCUACCCCUGUGAUCCCGCCCCGUACCUUCGCAGGACCGCCGAGCUCAAGGCCAAGAGGAGGCGCGGCCGGCCCGCCAAAACCAGCGAGCCAAUCACAUCCAAGCUGCCUUUUGUCCAGGGUUUUGGGUAUCCGCUGGCGGGGGGGAACUACUAUGCACCAUAUGCCAUGCCUUAUGCCCCGCCUCUGAGCCUGGGCUACUACACCCCAUCACCCCCACUCUACCUUCCCCACCAUCCCCACGGCCCUUCACCACCCUCCCCCUUCAUGAGGCCUGCCGUCCCCCCUCCGAAGUUCCACUCUGGGGGCCACUCCAAGCUCCAGGCAUCUAGCGGCCCACUGCAGGGCUCCUCUGGUCGGGGAGAAGGACUGGGAUCCCUGGGUGGUGGAGGUCUUGGAGCGGUGAGGCUCCACAAGAGGAAACACAAGCACAAACACAAACAUAAGGAAGAGACCAACCUCCUCUCACCCCAUGACAGACAGGAGCUGGGCGGGCUCUUCAGCGGUGCCAAGACCAAUGGGCUGCUCAACCUGCUGACGGACAGGUGGGAGACGACCAACCAGAAGCGUCAGGAGAAGCAGAGGGGGGGUGGGAGAGGCUCUAGAGGGGGAUCCAGGGGAGCGAUGUUUGAGUCGAACCCUCUCUCUUCUCUCUCUGUGGACCAUGUCCAGUUCCACCAACGCACACCCGGAGAGCCAGUGUGCAGCUUCGUGAGCAACUACAGCAGCCAAUCACUGCGGCCAGAUUUGACCUCUGACCUUUUCAGAUUGCGGGAGGAGAAGGAGGAGGGCAGUGGGCAUGGCAGAAGGAGGGGCUUAGCAGUGUUCGGAGAGGAAGGGGUGAUGUCGUUCCACAAUGCCAGGAAAGAGAAGAUCCAUGAAAGAGAAGAGUCCUUCCACAGUUCCAGCCCCACUCUAACAGGUGUUCCAGGUAAGAGGAGAUAUAAGCGUCAUGAGGUGGAACAGAUCCACGGUGAGGUCAGAAGGAUGUGUUCUCUCAACAAUCAGAGGAGCUUUGAGCAUGUGCAGAAGAUCCUGCAUGUGAAGCGUCUCCAGCGCCAGGCCAAGACCGGCAACAACGUUGUCAAAAGGCGACCUGGUCGCCCCCGGAAACACCCCAUUGAUGAAUUUGAACCCAACAAUUACGGGAGCGACAUAGGGAGGGGCUUCGGGAUGCCGGUGCUGGAGAGGUGUGUGGACCUACCGGGCAAGCGGAGCUUAAGACCAAGUCCCGCCCCCCAGCCUUUGGAGUUUUCCAAUCACGACUCAAUCUCAGUGGCUAUUGAGACGGUAGUUCACAGAGCACGUUCUCUGGCGCCCCCACCGACCAGAGGAGGGAAACGCAGGGGUAGACCCAGGAAGGAAGAGGGAGGGGAUAUGGCGUUUCAUUAGCUAAUUAGUCAGCAGGACAGUUGCAGAUACAGAUGAGCUCUGACCUAUCAGAGAGCUGGUGAGAGGAGCUAACACUGGCCUUAGCAGCCAAAAAGGACAUCAAUUCUGGGACCUCUGUGCACUUUGACCUAUUGGCCUGUCUGUUUCUCUUCUAUGAUUGGAUGUAAGGAGUGUGUAAGGAGAGUAACAUUAGAAGAGCAACAGUGUUGCACUUCUGAAGACUGACAAUGACACUUACCAUACACGUAUGUGAAACAAUGAUGCGUAUGGUACUUUAAUAUGAUACUGUAUGGUACUUUAUGGUACAAUAUCUGAUACUAUAUGGCACUAUUUGAUAAGGUACUGUAUGAUACUAUGGUACUAUACGGUAUGAAAUACAAUGGUACUUUAUGAUAGUCUUUAUCUGAAUGUGGCAUUAGCCACACCUUUACCAGCAGACGGGGGGUGGUGAUUGGUUAAUAUGAUAUUGUGCAGCUCUGCUUAGUUUUGCCCCCCCCCUGCCGCAGAGAUACUAUAAAGGCAAUAUGCUGUACUGAGCCUCCCUGGCCUUUACAGCUAUGAUCUAACUGUACAUAGGAACAUACUCCACUUUUACCUGCCUUUUACCCCGCAGAAUACAGUCCAUUUACAUGUACUGGCUCAUAUCAAACUGAAAUGUUGUACCAUAGUCCAUAAACGUUGGGAUUGUGGUUUUAUAACCAAAAAUAGACCUGGAUGUGACUCAGGACAUGUUUGUUUUCAGGCUGAAGGAACCACAUCUAUUCAUUCAUUUAUUCUGUGUAUAUAAGAAGGUCAUCACAUACAUGGGAAUAUCAGGGGUGUUUGCUGAAAACUUAAAGGUCAACUUUGGGCAAAAACACAAAGAUAACGGCUUUUAACUGUAUAACUGAUCAAUGCUCCAUCACACCACGUCAUUUAAUGCAACAACAAAAUAUAUAUAGAUAAGAUAUUUGGCUAAAGAAGUGCCAUUUCCUACCGAUCUCUACAGCUUCUGUCCAAAAACAAAUCCUGUGAAAUGACUUCUACACAUGGAGGAGAUACUGGCUAGAUACAGUGGCUAGCUUAGCUAACAAACUAGCUACGUCGGUCGCAGCGUAAGAACAGAAUGACACGUCGAUGAUCCACCAACCACCAACACCCCAUUUCUGUUUGAAAAUUAAGAAAGAGGCGGGGUUGGACAAUUGUUUUGUUCCCAAUGUCGACCUUUAAAGAUGGUUUUAAUUUGCUAUCUAAACAUACACUUUCCUUUAAUCAAAGUCAGCACUUACAUGCUUGUUCUAGCCUUACGAUUUGGCCUUGACUUCAUUGGUGGACAUCCAUUCAGAAACGUGCUUUAAACUUUAAACUAUUUGAAUAGGCAGGAUGCUCAGCCAAUGGCGUCAAACCUAAGCCCAAGCCUGAGAUUUGAUUGGACAGUAAAGAUGGAGGAGGACUAAUGAUCAGUGUGUGGUACUCUGAUGGUUUCUAUCUGAGUAGUGGUAGGAAAACAACAUGAGUAGUGGUAGAAAAACAACAAUUAAGUAUUGGAAUAGGGAACCAAAGCCUCAGAGUUAUAUGUGUUUCACAGACUUGUCAGACAGGUGUGGGGUUGUCAGUGUUCUCAUUCUGCAGCUAAACACACAGGACAUUAGAUGUUAGCUAGCUAGAAUGUUUUCAGUAUUUCAUAAAAUAGCAGUAGGUACGUAUUUCAUUGGGACCUAUGUCUAAUGUAAACUUGGGAAGCCUCUCCUCUCUCUGUGAGGGUCUCUCUGUGAGGGUCUCUCUGUGAGGGUCUUGUCAGCUCCAGCAGUUCUGCACGUGCCUUAUGUUUGUUUCUUAAACCAUCACAUCUCAUUCUGUGGGAAUUAAAAAUGGCAGAGAAGUCACUGAGAUUGAAACCACGUACUAAUGAUUGUGCAUUUUCGACACGUGUGUCUUAGCCACCACAACACGGGCACUACCUAUGUCCCUUUGCAGCCAUACGUACAACAGGCCUGAUUCCAUUUAAGGUUUCACGCCCCUUAUGCUCACCCCUGGCUCUUUGGAUUGAACAGAUAAAAGAGCUCUGUGAAGUACUCUAUUAGAGAGAAAGGUGGAUCCAUCACCAUGCAGUCUUUUCAUAUCUGAGCUGUGAGGAGCAGAGGUGGUAGGAGCCAGGGAAAGUGGACUUGAAUCUAAAUGGAACCAGGCCCCCCGGGCUGCGGGCGUGCAGGCUGUGCCAGUGGAGUUCUGGUGGGAACCAUGCUGUCUUACGUAGUUGUUUGCUAUGCAUCAGGUCUGGCCUGAGCUGUCUGAGGAGUCCACCCUUCCACAUAGACAAAUAAGUGUCUUAUUUACCCAAUAAAACAUGCAGUCAUGUAUCCAGAAGUGUGAAUAAUAUCAGUAAUAAUUUGUAAAGCGUUGUGCAGAAGGUGACUAUCAUUUCAUGUCAACUUUAGUGACUGCAGCUCCCUGCAGUGCUGCCUUAAUCAGAAGUCAAGCUCCAGUAGUGAAGUGUUUAUCUGUUGUAAAUUGUCUGUUCUGUUGUGUUCUGCCUGCAUGGAUACAAACUGGCCUCAGCUACAUAUGCUGGCAUAUCCCCUCAGACCAACCUAAGCCCAUCCUAGAACACAUCUUAGUCAACAUUAGACAUUAGAACCAGCAAUACCCCUUUAGUCAGUCUCUAUCCAUCAAUUAGAAAAGUCAUCAAACAGUCAUAGCAAGGUUAAGAUCCCAGGACCCAUGCCAGCCUAUGAUAAUGACUCUUGUUGCACUUCAGCCAAGACCAAGAACCCCCAUUGGCUAGCAGCUAUACUCCCCUCAGCCAAUGGGUGCCUAGUGCAGAAGUGCGUGUGUGUGUGUGUGUGUGUGCACAGAGGGCAUUACCAAACCACGUACUCAGACCACGUGCUUAGAGGGCAUUACCAAAUAUACACCUGUCCUUGUCAGUGUGUGUGUCAGUUCUAGGCCACUUAGAGAGAACAGAGACUGAACUGGAUCUCAUAACCAAACUACACCUUUCACAGGAGGCCUGGAUCUCUCUAACUGGGUCUAGGGUCUGGGUGUCUGAGUGUGGUCUAGUGGUAGUCUAGGUUUGGUAUAAGGGGUCUAGAUGUGGUAUAGUUGCGGUCUAAGGGGUCUAUAGACUUCAAGCUUGGCAGCUCAGUAUUCCAUGGUUGGUCUCUGAUGUUGGAGUUAAGCCACUGGGAUCGGUCUGUUUCUCUACCAGCCGAUGUUCCGGUGCCUUCUACAGCUGACUAGUAUUGUCCUGAUCCUCUGCUUAACUACACACAGAGACCGACCGCAUGGUUCAGUACGGUCAAGGUGGGUUUACGGUCCCUGUUGUGUACUGGAUUCUGGAUUCACUCUGGUCCAACUGUGUGGCUGGUAUGACUAUAAGUAGAAGUUUCCCUUAACCACAGAUCCAGGAUCAGAUCACCCAACCCUAAAUCAUAACUUUCAUUAUCAGGGGGAUGAAAGAACAUCUGGUCCUGGAUCAGUGGUUAGGGAAGAGUUCGACCCCUCCACACCAGUCUGACUAGUCCAAUACAGCCACUGGAGCUGAAUCAUACUGUAUGCAUCUCAAAUCACUCCCUACACCCUAAGUAGUGUACUACUACAGAAGACUAUAUGGAAAAUAUGGAGUUAUGUGAGAAGCAGCCACAGUCUCUACUAAUAUGUGUAGUCAUUAACAUAUAUGUAAUGUUUCUACGCUGUUGUUCAACGCUGAACAUGCAGAUGAAGGGUCGAUGAGGAAACCAAUAAAUGUACUUUGCAGGAGCACAAAGUGAGCUCUUAACUGUGUUGGCAUAUUUGAGUUUGUAUACAUAGUGUAUUUGAACCUUUUUACUAGAGUGGGUUUUCUUUUAUCUGCAUGCUCCACUUGAUUGUAUUCAUCAAUAUUUUAGACAAGCGGAGAAGUUGACUUUCAGUUGCAUUUGGAGCGAGACUUGUACAUUGUUUCAUAUGUUUGUUUUUGUAAUGGAUUUUUAAUUCAUAAAGCAUUUUUGUACAUUGUAUGAAUAUAAAAAAAAAUGCAAAUAUUUGACAUAUAGAAAUAAGUAAAUACUUAGAUGGGCAUGCAUAUGCAUAUAUCCUUCUUAGUAUGUAUGUGUAAAUGUACACAUAUUUUGUAUUUGCCUUCGCUCAUAUACAGAUAUGUAAUAUGCACAUAUACAUGCAAUAUAUAUGUAUAUCCAUGUCUGCUGGCAUGCUUCUGGUCAUGUUUACCUAUCAUGAUCUUGUAGUCUAUUUUUUUUAUUUCUUUUCUCUGAGGAAAAGCUUGUUCUUUUGCUACCGUUUUCCUGGCUGGCAGCAUUGGGCACUUAUUAAGAUGAAAUACAGUUGAACUUGUUCAUGUUAUUCAUUGUGUGAAAUAAUAAAUGAAUUUAUUGAAAGCU